AAUUGGUAACCCUAUUUUUCCAGUUUGUCACGGCAUCACGAAUAACUUUCAUUUUGCUCGUGAAAAUAUUGAAUUUAUCAUCAAUUUCGUCUGUUUUCAAGUGCGCACGAUUGUAAAAUUUGCUCAAUUGCGUUCAAUUUUGUUUCCAGUGAUAGGUUUUUCUCCAAAAGAAACUAGAAAAUGACGGAACAGCAAAUGGAUUGUGCAUUAGAUUUGAUGAGACGACUUCCUCCCCAGCAAAUUGAAAAGAACUUAAUCGAUCUGAUAGACCUGGCCCCAGCUCUGUGCGAAGACUUGUUGACAUCUGUGGAUCAGCCUUUGAAAAUAGCGAAAGAUAAGGAAACGGGAAAAGACUAUUUGCUUUGUGAUUACAACCGAGAUGGUGACUCAUACCGUUGCCCCUGGACGAAUACCUACGAUCCCCCGCUGGAGGAUGGUUCGAUGCCAUCGGAACGGCUGCGGAAGUUGGAAAUCGAGGCGAAUCAUGCGUUCGAUCAGUACCGCGAAAUGUACUACGAGGGAGGCGUGUCGUCCGCUUAUCUGUGGGAUUUGGAUCACGGCUUCGCCGGAGUGAUUCUUAUCAAGAAGGCCGGAGAAGGGCACCAGAAAACCAAAGGAUGCUGGGAUUCGAUUCACGUGGUGGAGGUGCAGGAGAAAAGCUCCGGCAGAACGGCCCAUUAUAAGCUGACGUCGACGGCGAUGCUGUGGCUGCAGACCCACAAGCAAGGAUCGGGAACCAUCAACCUUGGGGGAAGUCUGACCAGACAGAUUGAGCAAGACGCACCAGUCAGCGAAAGCAGUCCGCAUAUCGCCAACAUUGGGCGCCUCGUGGAGGACAUGGAAAACAAAAUUCGCAACACGUUGAACGAGAUUUACUUCGGCAAGACCAAGGACAUCGUCAACGGACUGAGGAGCAUUCAAAAGUUGGCCGACACGAACCAGCAGGCGUCUAUGAAGAAGGAACUCGCGGCGGCACUUUUACGACGAACCGGCAAGGGGGAAAACUGAGUUACGCAGGCCAACUGAAGUCAUCGUCAUGGGCUUACAACAAUAUAUUUUGAUGCUGUUGCUGUGCUGUUGCUCGCUUGACUAAAAGCGGAAUCACCGAGAAACUCUUACUAAAAAAGAACAAUAUCUUAGAAAUGCAGGCGUAUGACGAUGUUUGUAAUGCUAAGUUUAGUAAAUAAACAAUAUUUUAAUGGUGUUAAGUAUAGAAAAACUUCAGGUUUUUUCAAGCUUAUUUUUUGAAUCCUAACAAGUGAAGUAUGGACGUAGUGUUUUUUUUUGUAUACUUUUACCUUGAUUUAGUUUGUUUGCACAAAUAGCUUCCAUGAUUUUUUUUUCUAGAAAUCGAAAUUUAAUAAAUAUAUGAUUUAAUCAACCCGUUUAA